AUGCUCAAUGGAGAGUCUUCAGGACUUAACACCAUGCUCAAUGGAGAAUCUUCAGGACUUAACACCAUGCUCAAUGGAGAAUCUUCAGGACUUAACACCAUGCUCAAUGGAGAAUCUUCAGGACUUAACACCAUGCUCAAUGGUAAAUCUUCAGGACUUAACACCAUGCUCAAUGGAGAAUCUUCAGGACUUAACACCAUGCUCAAUGGAGAAUCUUCAGGACUUAACACCAUGCUCAAUGGAGAAUCUUCAGGACUUAACACCAUGCUCAAUGGAGAAUCUUCAUGUUUCCGGGCACUGUGCUGUAAAGGACCUGCCCCGUCCAGACCAGAGUAUGAUGUGGUGUGUAUCGGACUGACCGGGGCCGGCAAGAGCAGCCUACUGGCGUUGCUAUGUAACGAGGGGAGCCACGGCAUCGGUCCUACCACAGGCUUCAGCAUCAAAGCAGUACCGUUCCCAAAUGCCAUCUUGAAUGUAAAGGAACUCGGAGGAGCGGAGAACAUUAAGAAGUACUGGUCUCGGUACUACCAGGGUUCUCAGGGUGUGGUAUUCGUAUUGGACAGCGCUUCUUCAGACGAGGAGUUGGAGUCGGCCCGUAACGAGCUCCACUCUGCCCUGCAGCACCCACAGCUCUGCACACUACCCUUCCUUAUACUGGCCAACCACCAGGACAAACCUGCUGCACGCACACCCAACCAGGUAGAAGAUCGGACUAUUUGUCCAAUGUACACAAACAUCCAAUGGAAGUGUGGAUCAUGAUUUAACCCUUACACACACAGAGGUUGUAGAGGUUGGAGCAGAGGGCAGCUAGACCAUGGCACCCCUGGAGCAGUUUUAGGGAUUCAGUGCCUUGCUCAAGGACACAACAGCAGGAUUUGAUACCAGCUUAUCAGAUCUGGGCAGAAACUAGUUGUUUUCUGGUAGUUUAUUUGAAAAUACCAACUUUUAGUUGUCAAAUAUAGUUUAUAUAGAUUUAAAAUGAAAACGCAACUAGUUUCUUUGAUAUUCAAAUACAGGUCUCAGAAAAACAAAUAAUAUUUGAAAAGCGUUUUGAAUACCACUCAGAAAAACAAAUAAUAUUUUAAGGUAUUUGAAUAUAUGCAAGUUAUUAAAAAAAAAAAAAAAAGAAACGAAAAACUAGUUGAAUUAGUCUAAAUGUAUGGUCAUUAGCACAUGGUUGGGAGGGUCUCUUAGAUAUGAAUAUUAAUAUAGCGUAUAGCCUAGAAUGAAAUACAUGAGGGAUAUGAAAUCACCUCGACACAAGAGCAGACCACUUACACAAAUCACUUACACAUAUUUUCAUAAUCAAAUUUCAAAUCAAAUUUAUUUUUAUA